AUGGCAGCACAUCGCUCGCCCUCUGCGCCAUCGUCACCGACGCCUCCAUCGUUGACAAGCAAUUCGGGACCGCCAACACCGCAGCGCACGAACACGCUAAUCAUCACUCAGCUGCCUCCUGCAUUCUUCGAGUCAGUGGUUCUCGAGACGAUGCACCACCACUUCGCCACGUAUGGCUCCAUAUACGCGUGGGCUCCUAUCAAAUCGUUCGCACGAAUAGUAUUGGUGUACUAUUCGGAAGACGAUGCAGAGCACGCGAAGCAGGAGUGUGACUAUCUCAUAGUCGGCUCCCAUAACGAGACUCCAGUGACUACGCUGAGAGUAUUUCGCGCGGAUCCGACACCAAUUGUCUCCGUGACUGGCGAGACACGCAACGGUAACAUAUACCUUCGCCCCCCAGAGCACGAGAAGAACUUCCUCAUAUCGCCACCGGGCUCCCCACCAGUAGGCUGGGAGCCCAUCCGCGAGGAGCCGCCGAACGCAACGCCGCUCGCGGAGGACCUCAUCGCUGCGCUGCGUCGACUGCAGCUCCAGGAGGAGCAGCGCAACAAGGUGCCAGGUGUUGAGGUGCUCCUCGAGCCACAGGAUGGCGUCGGCAUUGGCGUAUAUGUCGAGGACUGCGAUGGCGGUGAGGGCGGCGCCGCCGUCGAAGAGGAAGAGCAAGAUUGGGCAUAUGGCGAGCUAUCGCCCGCGCGGGCCAAGUGGAAGCCUAUACCGACGGCGCUCCCGCCGAUGUCCGUGGCAGCAUGA